GUUACCAGUCAUCGACAAAUACCAUCGUAGUUGUAGUUAAACCAAAUCACAGUGAAUAAAAUAACCAAUAAUUAGGAAGGCAAUUAAUACAAUGUACGAAUUCUCAAAUAUUCAAAGAACGAAACAUUUAGUUCCAUUUCUCGUACUUCUUGUAUCAUUAAGCAAUCAAGUGACCUGUGGAAGGAUAUUAAUUAUAACACAGGCACCAUUCUACAGCCAUGGAUCAGUGAUGCGGGGUCUUGGUUUAGCUCUACAUAAACGAGGCCAUGAAAUAGUGAUGAUAACAUCGUUCCCAACGAAGAAUCUGUCGUUAAUUAAUUACACGGAAAUCGAUUUCUCUGAAAAUUAUGAUAGAUCGCUGAACUUUAAAUUUCAUGACGGUAUAUUUAAUUAUCGAAAUAUUAUGGGAAUAAAUAUGCAUAUCAAGAAUUACUUAUAUAAUUUCACGAGAUGCUUUUUUGAGCAUCCUGAUGUACAGAAGAUUUAUAGAAAGAAUAACAAAGAGAAAAUCGAUUUGAUCAUUGCAGAGAGUGUGUACAGCCACGGAGUCUUUUAUGUUGCUCGUGUACUAAAUAUUCCAGUAAUUGGUAUUACCACUUUAGAUUUUCAUGCGCACCAAUCUUAUAUGUGGGGCAUCCCUCUUCUACCCUCUCAUCUGUCACACUGGGAAUUUGACGGUCUCAUUGAACCGAACAUGUCCCUUUCUCUGAAAGUAAGAAACUUCAUCUAUACAAUGCUUGUACUCCGUGAUUGGUACAAUUUUGAAGUAGAGCAGGUCCAUGAUUUAGUGAAAAGCUACCUUGGAAAUAAUACACCUUCCUUCUUCGAGCUUAGAAGAAAUAUAAGCCUAUUCUUGGUUAACCAUGAUCUCCUUCUCGGCUUUGCUAAACCAGUGACACCAAAUGUUAUUUAUUUCAAUGGUUUCCAUAUUAUGGAGAAUCCUCCGCCUUUGCCGUCGGAUAUGGAUGAAUUUCUGCGAAAGGCGCACGAUGGUUUCAUUUACAUGAGUCUUGGAACCAUCGUUAGUUCCUCGCUGCUGUCCGAUAAUGCCAUAAGAUCAAUUUUUAAUGUGUUUUCUCGGUUACCGUACAAAAUUCUCUGGAAAUUCGAAACGAACGAUGCACUGCCAAAACAUCCAAAUAUAUUCACCAGCAAAUGGAUCCCUCAACAAAGUGUCCUGGCACGUCCGAAUACGAAACUGUUCGUCUAUCAGGGAGGCUUGCAAAGCACGGAGGAAGCUAUACAUUACGGUGUACCGAUCGUGGGAAUACCGAUAUUUAUCGAUCAAAUAUUCCGAAUCAAGAAACUCGUGUCGCAUGGAGUUGGUAGAAUGCUCGAAUUUAACAAAUACGACGAGGAAACUUUCCGGGAGGCUGUUAACGAUGUACUCAAUAAUGAAAGAUACAAAACGAAGAUGUUAAAAUUAAGGGAACUCAUGAAUGAUAAGCCUUACGAUAGUAAAAAUCAUACUCUGUGGUGGAUCGAGUAUGUGAUGCGUCGAAAAGAAGUUCCACAUCUCCACUUCAGCGGAGCAGACGACCCCUGGUAUCAAAGAUACGAUAUCGACGUCAUUGCAUUCCUUUCGAUAAUAUCAUUUACCAUAAUAAUAAUAAGUAUAAUAAUAUUCGUUCAAAUAUUACAAUGGUCGUGCAGAUUUAAAUAUGCAAAAAAGUGGAACAAGAUCGACUAACAUCAUGAAUAUAGAAAAAAUAGAUAAUAGUUAAAUAUAACUUUGCAAAGUAGA